AUGGACAAUGAAGUGAUCAUUGUAGAUGAGGUUGAAAGUUCCUGGAUUCCAAACUUAUGGCUAUUUUAAAAAGCAAAAUUUAGAGUAAUAAUUAAUGAAAAAGGAAAUGUUAUUUAUUAAUCUCUAUAAUAUUUAUGUAUUUGUUUAUCAUUUUGAAAUAGAUAAAAAAAUAAUACCUUCUAUGACACAAGAAAUUUUGAAUAAAUAAAAUAUUUAAGAUGGCAUGGAUAAUGUGUUAAUUAAGUAAAUACCAAUCAACUACCUUUCUAUGUUCUUAUCUUUAAAGUAUUUCACGUGCUUAAUAAAACAACAAAACCAAAAAAUAAUCUUCUCUUUAAUUGGCAUCUUAUAUUGCCUUUUUGAAAGUCCAAAAUCAGUAAGCAGAGCAUCCAAAUUCAAGAUUAGAGUUCUUGUGUAAUCAUAAUGAUAGAGUUAAACCUUUCUUUUGGAUGAUAGCAUUAUUAUUAUUUGGUAUCAAUUUAUAAUUUUUUUAAGCAAGCGAAUUAUUCGAUUAAUAAAAUUUAAUUGGUGUGGUAUUUCUAUUAGAGAAAGAAGAAAUUUAUUAGAAAUAUGGUUCAAAGAUAGAAG